UUCAAGAUGUCAGCGCCCAUGUGACAGCAGUCAAGUCACAUUAUCUCAUUACAAAAAUGGAAGAAGACGAUGUCAUUUUACGACAAAAGACAGUAAAACAUCUAACCCGCCUUUCUAUGGUUGUUUCAGGUCACAAUAUUCCUUUGUCAAAUUAUUUUAGGUUUGAUGCAGCUUUUCUCAAUAAUACAAAAACAGAAAAAUUGGAGGAAUGUCCGUCAUGUGGUCACACUUACCAGCAACCUGAGGAUAAAUUCCGACUUCAGGCUAAGAUCCCAAUGACGGGAAAGGUUCGCAAACUUCUCAGGAAAUACAUGCAAAACAAACAAUCAUUAGGGAAGUGUCAGCUUCAUAUUGUGGACAGAUAUCUCAGUAGCACAAAUUUAGUGAAACUAAGCUGCAGCAUCUGUGGAAAGAGUGAGAAAUUUCCAGGCCAGCUUCGCGAGAAGAGGAGUGCACAGAAAAAGGCACAGAGAGUUUUACCUGAAGAAGUCAGUUAUGUGUCAUUAAAAACACGAAAAGAAAAACGAAAGGAACUGAAAAUGAAGAACAAGCAGAGAAAACGAGAGAAAAUGAUAGACAAAUUCAACCAUGAUACACCAUCAUCACAUUUAGAGGAUGUUUCUGACAUAAAUUUGGAGAGUGAACUUGGUAGUUCGCAUUUAUCUACUGGUGGGACCGCAGACGAAAAACACAGUACUGAUCUGACUACUGCAACUAGCCAGGGAAUCUCCAAAACCACAGUGUCCCCAAACCAUGACCAAAGUUUUAUCAAGAGCACAGUGACCUCUGAAAUUGAACGUUGUCAAAACAAGGAAGCAUUGACCUCAAAAAGUACACUAUGCCAAAACAAGGAUGCGAUGACCUCCAAAAACACUGCACAAUGUCACAAGGAUGCUGUGACCUCUAAAAUUACACAAGGUCAAAUUAGGAAUACUGUGAACUCUAGAAUUAUUCAAAGCUGUAUAAAGGACAAAGAGACCAACACAGGACCAGUUGGUGGUAAAAGUGCUAAAAGACUUAAAUCCAAAAACUCGCACCAGCGACUAAGUCAGAUGCUGGCCCAACAAAACAAGGGUCGUAAAGGAAGCUCCCUGACGGAUUUUUUAUCAACAUUAUAAAUAAAAGAUUUUGAUUUAAGA